UCACAAAAUAUGGCACUUUGGCAACAAAAGCUACACCUCUUAUAUCUACUAAUCCUUUGCUUAGCCACUGUGGUUUCUCCACACAGUAGGCCUUAUACAACUCCAACUGUCACACACUUGACUGAUUCUUUUCCUCGUGUCCCAGUUGAUGGUGCUUUUACUAAGACUUUUGGGGCCUCAAAUAUCCAGUUUCUCAGUAAUGGGUCCAUGGCCACUCUGGCUCUUGACAAAAUCUCAGGCUCUGGUUUGGCCUCACAAAGCAGAUACUACUAUGGAUUCUUCAGUGCUGCAAUCAAAUUACCAUCUGGUUUGUCAUCUGGAGUUGUAGUUGCCUUUUAUUUGUCGAAUGCAGAUAAAUUCCCUCACAACCAUGAUGAGAUAGACAUUGAAUUGCUUGGUCAUGACAAGAGAAAUGACUGGGUUAUUCAAACAAACAUUUAUGCCAAUGGAAGUGUCAGCACAGGAAGAGAAGAGAAAUUCUAUUUCUGGUUCGACCCAACACAGCAGUACCAUUAUUACAGCAUUUUAUGGAACAGUUAUCACACAGUGUUCUUAGUGGACAACAUUCCAGUGAGGGAAUUCAUACACAGCAACACAUAUCCUUCUAUUUAUCCAUCAAAGCCAAUGUCAGUGUAUGCUACAAUAUGGGAUGGUUCAGAAUGGGCUACUCAUGGAGGCAAAUACCCAGUUAACUAUAAGUAUGCACCAUUUGUUGUUUCAUUUGCACAAAUGCAAUUGAGUGGCUGCAUAUCUGAUCCCACAGCAACAGGUUCUUCAUGUUCCAAGGCCAAUCCUUCAGGCCUAGACCCCGUUAAUGGACCCGAGUUUACAAAGCUAUCACAGCAGCAGAUAGCAGCUAUGGAUUGGGCAAGAAGGAAACUCAUGUUUUACUCUUACUGCAAUGACAGACCCAGAUUCAAAGUCUUACCCCCAGAAUGCCACUAAACUAAGAAAAUUGAUCAUUUAGAAAAAUUACGAAAAGAGAAAUCCUGACAAAAUAUUUAUCAAUUACCAAUGAAGGAAGAAAUAGUGAUACUUUAUAUAAAUUAUUAUAUCACUUUUCACUCCUUCAUGAUAAAUAUUUUGAGGAAUUCUCUUUUCAUAAUUUUUUUAAUGAAUUAUAAUCUUUACUUUUAAAACUUUUUUUUUUUUCCAAUUGGGUGGGGAACAAUAAUACUGUUGUAACUUCAAUUCUUUGGCUCAAUAAUUGCAUGGAAGAGUCAGAAACAGCACUUGAACGGUAAAUUAAAUGGACAAAUCAAUAUAAUGUACUUUAUAUGUAUUUAUACCACUUCCAUGUCACCAAUUCAUGUGCCCAGACAUGGAAGUGGUAAUUAGCACUAUAGUUAGUGUCUUCGUUUAUUGUUAGCAAUUCGACUAGACACCAAAACACAUAAAGCAUUGAAUCACAAAUUCUAAUUCUAAUGCGAUUCAGCGGUCUUAUCCAAGGGAGGCUAUGACUAAUUACGAAAACAUUUAAGUUGUUGCGUCUCAAAUGGUUUAAUAAAAUAGACAGGCCACGAGACUGGCCAAAAUGUGAAAAUUUGGAUAGGCCAUGUACAUAUUAAGAAUAUCGACCUAAAAUAGAGAAAAGAUACAAAAUAAUGAGUCCACCCAUCAUCUUAGUGCGAUGAUUAUGUACUUAAUGAAGGGCACACCAUGUGACCCCAACAGCAUGAGCUUCCAGUAUAGUUUGAUUCAUUGGAAGCUGGAACCUUCAGUAGACAGUAAAACAGCCUUUAGGCCUGUGGAACCCAAGGCCUAACAGAAUUUGAAGAAACAAAUUGAGAUUUGUUUAAGUUAUUCUAUAACAUAAAUAACUUCAUUCUGAGUAAGCUAAUAAAAUUGUCUCUUUAAGAGUUAAUAUAGUUUAUUAUAUAAUAUCUUAAUUUUGUUAGUCUAUUUAAGAUAUAUUAUUUAUAACUUAAGCAGACCUAUUUAGUAUAACAAUUAUAUUGAUACAGAUAUAUGUUGCACAAAUAUUAAAAUAUUAUAAUUAUGUUUUGUUAUGAAUUGUUUUAGCUUUUAAAUUUUUUAAUAUUUUAUAAUAUUAAUAUAGAUUGUAAUAUUGCAGGAAAUAAAAAAAGUAUAGUAAAAAGAGAUGUACAGCAAAUUCUUAUUUAAUAUUAAUUUUAUUAUAAUUAUGGAUGGAUUUACAACAAUUUAGCUAUAUCUUUGAAGCAAAAGUUGAAUAUGAUUCUCUCUUCUGAGCUUAUGUAAAUGUGUUACAAAAUAAGAAAGAAGGGAAGAAAAUAUAAGUUGGCGUGUAAUUAUUAUGAUG